CACAGGAUUUGAUAAAUCUCCCCCAAUGUCCCUUUAUAGAGAAUUUUAAAGACAGAAAUCAGCCAUUCUUGGGCUGCUUGACAUAUCAAUAAACGUCCCAAAAAACUUAGUGUGCACGUAACCUUAAUAGUACAUAUUGUAUGUUUUUUCAAUCUAUUUUCAACAUCCUAAGUGCCCUUAGUAUUUCUCCAUGAUGUUAUGUCUAAUGUGACAUGAAUACAUGGACUGCUGAAUGAUAAGGAUAUGUGGCAGGUGGCAUAGUGAUGUACCAGAGACAAUUCAUCUAUCUUCGUGUCAUAUUAAGAGCUGCAUUUCUAUUCCGGAGCACGAGACCUUACACACUUGUGCCCUGCUAAGAAUGAAGGAAUCAUUGAUUUUAUCUAUUUGUCUACAGAAUGAAAUAUGAUGGACUGACAAUUCUUUUUUCAGGGUUCCAUAUAAAUGCAUAAGAAAUGUCAGCUAUUUCUCUGUUCAUUGGAUAUUUACCCCUCCUCCAUCUGACUUCAGCUGCAAAACGGCACAGACGGUAACUGGAGAUACAGAAGCAGAGAGGAAUGCCCUAAGAGAGCAGGUGUACCCCAAGCUGAGAGAAUUCUGCCGAGAAAACUAUGGCAUGGAGUUCCAGGCUAUAGACUUGUAUUGGGGGAUACCAGCAGAGGAGUGGGAUAGCCCUGAACUGCAGAGGACUCGUAUGAGGCUACUGGAAGAGUGUCUGAAGACAUCUUCUGGACCAUGUUUUGUUGGUCUGCUCGGAGAAAAAUAUGGAACCAUCCGAAUCCCGGGGGAAGUUGAGUCAUCUGAGUUUGAAAUGAUUCUGGAUGCUGCCAUUGAGGCCAAGCUGGAUACAAGGACUCUGGAAGAAUGGUACUGCAGAGAUGAAAAUGCUGUGCCCCCGGCAUAUUACCUCAGGCCUAAAACAGAACUACUGAAGAAUAAUCAUAAUCCCGGAGACUCUUCUACAAGUUCUAUCACUGAGAAGUGGCGUGCGGUAGCAGACGAGAUCAAAAACAUUUUCAAUAUUGCAGUAAAGUUGCUUCAUGAGAAAGGAAAGAUGAAAGCCAGCCAAGCAAAAAGAUACUUAUCAUCCGCCCUGGAAGACGAGUUUGACUUCGCUUUAGGAAAGCAAACAGCUGCAUUUUUAAAGAAAUGUGUUUGCUAUAUUCGGAAAAUUUCCAAUAUUGAAAAACAUGUGAAAAUACCCGAGAUGUCCAAGUAUACUGAUGUGAUAAAAGUGGAAGGCAAGAAUGUGCGAGACCCAGAGGCCCUUGAGAAGAUGGUAAAGCUCAGGGAUGAAUUUAUUCCAACAAUCGUUGCAUCAUCCAAUCUACGGGUUUACACCUCAGUGACACAUUGCGACAUGAAACUGGGCUACUCUCAAGAAGUGGAGAACCAUUAUGUGGAUGGACUUUGCAAGCAGUUCUAUGAAGACAUGAUCGAUAUCAUCCAGGCAACUGUGCAACAGAACUUUGAAACCGAGACAGAUCCACUGUAUGAUGAAAUCUUGCAGCAUUUAUCUUUAUGUAGAACCUACUCUUCCUUUUAUGAAUACAGAUGUGAAGCGCUAAGCCUUGUUCAUAAAUACAUACAGCCUUCCAAAUCAGGGCAUAACAGCCCAUUAGUGGUAUAUGGUGGACCAUGCACUGGGAAAACACUCCUUUUAGCAGAAGUAGCCAAAAAGGUCAGCUCAUGGCUUCAGGAAGAUAUGGGACCAGAGUCAAAUCCUGUCGUCAUUGUAAGAUUUCUUGGAUCCACAGAAAUGAGCUCUGACUUGAGCGAUAUGCUUCAAAGCCUGUGUGAGCAGCUAGCUCUGAAUUACAGAUGUUUACUGCAGAGCAUUCCUAAAAAGAUCGUAGAUCUGCGAGAGCUCUUUUUAAACUUGCUGAAUGAGUCUUCUUUUCAUAAGCCCCUGGUUCUCGUGUUAGACAGCCUUGAACAACUUACAGAUAGUGAUGACGCCAGGAAACUUUGGUGGCUUCCCAUUCAUCUUCCACGCACAGUUCGUAUUGUUUUGUCAACACUGCCAAACAAGCAUGGAAUUCUCCAAAAACUAAGGUGCCUUAUAAAUAACGAGGACAACUACAUAGAACUUAUUCCACGAGAUAGGAAAAUGUGCAGCCAAAUACUUAAACAUCAGCUAUUGAGAGUUAAAAGGAAAGUAACAUCAGGUCAGCAAAUCUAUGUCAAUGAAGCAUUUUCUAGGUGUACUCUACCAAUGUUUGUAAACCUGACAUUCAGAGAGGUCAGAAAUUGGAGGUCUCAUAAGGAUGUUGAUGAAUCAACCCUCUGUGUGACAGUCCAUGAGAACAUAGAGCAGUUAUUCUGUUCUCUGGAAAACAAAUGUGGUCUGAGGUUGGUCUCAAGAGCACUCGGUUAUAUAACAAUGGCUAAAACAGGACUCAGCGAGGUGGAACUGGAAGACAUUUUGGCUCUUGAUAAUAAUGUCAUGAAUGAGUUACUAACAAAUGGGAAAACAUUGAAUCCAUUAAGGAUACCAUAUACAAUCAUUGCACAAAUUAAAGAAGAUCUGGCAGGAUAUUUGAUUGAACGACACAUAAGAAAUUGUACUCUUUUGGUUUGGUCCAAUAGACAUCUUCACGUGAUCGCCCAAAAGUUGUAUCUCAGCAAUGAGGAGGACUUGCAAGAAAUGCAUGUCAAUAUGGCAGAGUACUUUCUCGGUACAUGGUCGGGAGGCAGGAAAAAGCCAUUCUACAAUGAUCAUAACUAUUUUGAGAACUGCAUUCCGAAUGAACACAGGGGCAUACGCAACGAUGAAAUACACUACAAUGAUGAAAAUGAGUUUGACAGGCAGGCUCCUGAGCAGCCAUGGGCAUUUCAGUGUAAUCCUUUACAGCCUGAUAUUUUCUUUGUAAAUCACAGGAAAAUGACAGAACUACUACAUCAUUUAACAAGAUGUGGUAUGGCAGAUGAAAUAAUGUCUGGGAUUACAAUGAACUUCAGCUGGCUCUAUACAAUGAUUAAAAUUGGACAAUUUGAUAGGGCUUUAAGUGACAUUGAAAUAGCAUAUAAUUACUCACAAGAUAAAGAGCUGAAAUUCCUCGCCAGUACUCUUCAAAGCAUAAAAAACAAGAUUCUGAAAAAUCCAGGGUCACUCUCUGCUGAACUGCAGCAAAUAUUACUUCCAGUUGUGAGUUCUUUGCCUAAGUUCAGAAAUCUUCUUGUGGAAUGUGACAAAGAUGGACCUAAAUACUGUUCGAUUGUCCCACUGCACUCUUCGAUGGACGUGUCCUACACCCCAGAAAGGCUUUCUCUGUCGUCUAGCUCAUUGCAUGUUACAGAGGUCCUUCCUACGUAUAGCCCAAAUAUAAUCAUUUCCGCACUUGAGAACGGCACAAUCAGUACUUGGGAUGUUGAAUCGAGACAACUUUUAAGACAAAUAACCACCACUCAGUUUGUCAUUAUGGGAAUGAAGCUUACAGCCGAUGAAAAAUACCUUGUUGUGUCCACAGCAAAAAACACCCUGUUAAUCUAUGACAAUUUAAACUCUUGCCUUCUGUCCGAAGUAGAAGUUAAAGGUUCUAAAAGUGUAGGAGGUGGGCCAAACCUAAUCAAUGGCUUCACACUAUCUCAUACACAUGCACUAGCCUGGUUGGAAGCAAAUAAAAAUGUUAAUGUUAUAGAUUUGCUUUAUGGGUGGCCUCUUUAUAAUUUUCAUUGUUGGUAUGAAGUAACAUGCAUCCAGUGUUCCUCAGAUGGGCAAUAUGCAUUUUGUGGCCAAUACCUCAAUACCACAACGAUAUUUCACUUAGGCACUGGCGAGAAGUUAUCAACUGUAACUUCUGAAUUUUCUGGUGGCUUUGUGAAAUAUAUCCUUGUUCUUGAUAUUACUCAAGAAGUGGCGAUGAUUGACAACGAAGGGAGCCUAUCAGUUUGGAAUAUAGAGGAAAUAACCAAUCCGCAGCUGACGGAAGAGUUCGAUUGUACAAAGGGAGACAGUGACGUUAUAAGCACUGAGCUGUCUGAAGACCAAAGUGCACUUUUAAUCUGUAAGGCAUUAAGCAUUGAACUUCUGGACACACAUAUGUGGAAAGUUUCUGAAAAGUUUAGGGCAAAACGCAAUGAACGCUUUAUAUCAGCUGUGCUCUCCCGAAGCUGUGACUGUAUUAUUGCUUCCAUGGAAAAUACCUCAUCUAUUUUUGUUUGGAGAAGAGACACUGGGCAGUGUAUGGCAAGUUUACAAGAGAUCUCAGGGAAUAUAGUAAAAUUAGUGAAAUCGAGCCAUCAUAACUUACUUUUGUCCCUGUCUAUCAGUGGAGUACUUUCCAUCUGGGACACUGACAUUUUAAGUGCAAUGUCCAAUAUUGACAAGACUGGGAGAGCCGUGCAUACAGUAUUAUUGUCUGGGAGAGGGGAUUACAUAUACUCCAUUGAUGGAUCUGAAUAUGUUCAAAAAUGGAAUUUUAACACAGGCUGCAUUGAAUCAUCCUUUAAGCAUGAAGGUAUUGUGGAAAAUGGUGUACUUACAACCACCGGAGAACUAAUGGUCACUUCAGAUGACAAAUGUAACCAAUAUGUUUGGCAUACCGGCACCGGGGAAAACCUCUUCCGGAUUAGUGGUCAAAGAAUAUCGGAACUGUUAAUAACACAUAAUGAUCAAUUCAUAGUGUCUUUAUGUGAGCAAAAUGCAUCCAGAGUAUGGAGGCUUGCAACAGGCCAUAAAGUAUGUAAUAUCUUAGCUGCCUUAAAAAAUGCACUUAUAACUACUGCAAAUACAUUUUUGAUUGGAAUGACCAAGAACAAACUUUUGGCUGUAAGCCUAUGGACAGGAAGCAUAACAAAAAAAUACUGCUGUGACGAUGGAUCAACAAUCAUCAACUUUAAGUUAAUUCCUGACUGUCCAGAGUUUGUUGUAUUCAUGACAUCCACUGAGACAGUGAGCAUCUGGAGCCUUGCUGAGGAAGCCAUCUGCAGAAGAGUCCAGUUGCCAUGUAACUUCUUAAAAAAUCUUAAUGAUUUUGAAAUCUCUCCAAAUGGGAAACUUGGUAUUAUUACUCAUGGAGAUGAAAAAUUCAAUGUCUUAGAUCUUCACACUGGAAAACUCAGAGUGGUGCAUGCAUCAGGGUUAAUAUGGAAGCAGAAUCUGUCUUGUGAUGGACGUUACCUUGUCUACAUUUGCUUCCAAAAUGGGGAAGAUGAUGAAGACAAUUCUGUCUCAAGUUUAAUAGUGAUGAGACUUGCAGAUGGCAAAAGUAUCGGUGCUUGUACUUUGUAUAAACCGCCAACCUUUCUUGCACUCUCACAAAGGCACCUCAAUAUUGUUGUAGGGUUUGAUGAUGGAAGCAUUGGCACUUACACUGUGGUGGACAGGGUAGAUGCAACAUUAAAAAUUAAAAUCGCCACUUCCAAUAGCCGUCAGAUUUUCACUAACAAAACACGCUUAAAUAGGCCAAAAUGCAAUAACUACAUCUUUAAAAUGGCACCCGACUGCUUGUGGAGGGAAUCCACCGAAGUGUUUGCAAGAGAUAGCCCUAUCACAGUUUCUGAAUGUGGCGAAGGAACAGAGUCAACACCCCCUAAAAAACAUAACUUUUGCUAUGAGAAAAUGUGUUCUGCCAUUGACUGCAGGGGGCAGAGCUUUGCCGCCAACAACUAAGGCCACCAAAUGAUUGAUCAAAAAUGUUUACAAAUCUGCCCCAUUGUUCUUUAUAGUGUCCUUUGGUGGAUACAAUAUGUCACAUUUCAGUAAUGAUGAAAGCAUCACUAAAAGUAUAGCAGAAUUAUAUCCAGCACGUAGCUAAUGCUCUGCUAUGCAGAAUUCCCUAUAUGACCAUUGCUAAAAGACUUGAGGUAUAAAAGAAGGAAACUUACUGCCCUUGUCAUCUCCUGCGUGUAAGAAAAAACUAACAAAAUACAUCAAGGUUCUUGCCUUGUGAGCAGAUUACGGUGUUUGUCCUAACUGCGUUCAUAUAUCUUGUUCUAGAAUAGAAGCAGUAAUUCAUCGAACUUUGGGCUAUUCUCUUUUUCCUAUUCAUAUUUAUUUUAUUAAAAAAAUUAAAAGAAACAUUACAUUGGUUGCUAUUGGCAGCUAUAUGGGGGAGAUUUAUCAAAACCUGUGCAAAGGAAAAGUUGCCCAUAGCAACCAAUCAGAUUGCUUCUUUCAUUUUGUAUAGGCCUUGUUAAAAAUGAAAGAAGCGAGCUGAUUGGUUGCUAUGGGCAACUGUGCAAAUUUUCCUCUGGACAGGUUUAAUUAAUCUCCCCCAUAGAAAAAAAAAUCAGCUAAUAUCUCAUGACCUAAUCUGCUAAUGAAAUUACAUACAAUGCCUCAAAAUAACAGACAGUUUUUUUUAAACCAUAUAUACACAUAUACAGUAUUUAUAUACCGCUCUACAAAAAAAUAGCUAAACCCCAAGAAAAUUAAAGAGACACAUGUACUUAUGAAGACUGUAUGUAUGAAACAGAUACAGAUAAUGAACCUCACAGAUUAAAGUCAGAAAAAGUUAAUGUUUUGUAACUACAAAUUUAAGGUGUCAUAAAAUGUAGCUUUUAAAGAUAUAUAAAAAAAAAUAAAAACACCAAAAUACAAAAAGUGAAUUCACCAAAAAGUGAGAUAACAAAAUAAUUCUAUAAAAUGUUCCCAAAUAAGGGGCACAAAUAUAGCCAGUAGCUCUAUAAAUCCAAGGAAAAAUGCUUUUAUGCAAGGAAACCAUAAGCAACAAGCACUUGGCCAUUUCUAUAGACGCAUACUAUACCUCCAUGUGACUCCACAUUUACACACUGAAUGCUCCAACUUAUGCUCUUUACGAGAGGUACCAUUCUCUUUGAAGCAUUGCUUUUAGAGAAUAUAUCUGACCAUGGUUGUAUACAAUGUAUAGUAGUAUCUGACAUCCCUAUAGUUUGACCCAAUUUUGAGUUUUUGGUACCGUUUGGUAUUGCUGGAGCAGAAAAAGGCAAUUGUCAUGAAUGGCGACAUCCCAAACCUUAUCUAAAUCCCCUAUGUUAAUGUUCAUAAAAAUAGGUGUUUAGAAAUUGUUUGGAAAUAAUUAAUCUGUGUAGUAAUAACCAAAGCAAAGAAAAUAAAAACUUAAAGUCAUAUUCCAGAAGUCAACAUUAACAAGUGUACAGGGUGCCAUUCUAAGACAAAAUCUGUACUCACCUGCCCCCAAUCCCCCACCAGUGCCAUUCCAACUGAGGAAGGUCAGCAUUUUUUCUUCUCCACCCUGACUCGCAAAAUGUUCCCACUUAGCCGAACUUGGGAUGAGCAGGACAGAGAAGAGGAAAUGCUGAAAGCAGGGGACCAGCACUGUCAAAGUGACACCAGAAUGGGAUCGGGGGAAUAUGAAGUUUAUGUUAGAAUUGCAACCUGGGCACUUUAAAUUUAUAAUUUAUCUACUGGAAUGUUGCUUUGAGUUUUAAAUAAAUGUCAUUGAAAUAAAAAUUUUAAAAAAAGUUAAUGAAUUGCAGUCAAGAAGAAAUGAAAAAAGACGAUACACUGGUUCUAUUAUUACUAGUACCUGCAUUGUUGAAGACAUAGAGAUUAAAUGAGAACUAUACAUACAGAUCAUACACUAUACAUACAGAUACACUAUACAUACAGAUCAUAAACAUGUAAUGUUUCUAAGUUUAUAAAUGUAUAUUUACUCCUUAGAGGAAUAGGUAUUCUAAAGUGUAAUAACAAAAAUUCACCCUUUAAUAACAAUGGCUUCUGUCAGCAAGCUGAUUUUGACUGAUUUGUUAUUACAUGUUUUUUUAAACACAUCAAUGUAUCAAGGUAUGAUAAGACCUUAGGUUCUUUAGGCUCUGCUCAUAAAACGUAAUGGAUGCCCAUGUGUAUAUUGAGCAUCACAAAUAUAUGCCAUUGAGCCAAGCUGUCUUAGGCAUUCAUACAAGCCAUAAAAAUGGAGCACCAUAGGCAUAAUAAUGUAAGGCUAAGGAUAAAUGCAAAAGAAAUUUGCAGCAAAAGAAAAUGUACAAAAAUGCUAAAUGUAACCUAUGCUGGCUCUAUGGCCAAUACUAACGUUAAUGCAAAAAAUUUAUCUGACCUGACAUUUAAUACUUGCAAUCAACUAAAUCCAGGGCACAUAUUUCCUAAUAAGUACAAUAUAAAAGCCAACACAAGUUUAUAAUUUGCAAGACAACUAUUUAUAAACAAUUAUUUAUAAAGGAAAACUGUCAUCUGUGUCACCCGCACUAACCUCUUGGUACAGAUGUUCAAAAGCAAAGAAGCACAGAAGGUGGCACUCACCAUUCAGGAUGUCUUUAUUCACCAUUCGGGAACCGGACACAGGUAACAGGCGGGGAGUGGGGUGGAGGACGGGGCUGCCGGAAUAAAUUGUUUUGUGCGCCUUGCGCACUUCCUCUAGCUGGAUCUUGGUGCAGAUGUGUUGUGCCGGUGACACUGAUGAUAACCAUACUUACCAAUCCCUGAUCUCUGGUCCCGUUGUCUCGCUAUCUUUCUACGUAUCUUGGGGCACAGGCAAAGCCUCCUGACAUAACCGCUACCAUUUUUCUGCUUGGUACUGCUGCAAGCAGGCCUGGAGAAACAGCAGCAGUGACAUCAUGAAGCUCCACCCAUGCCCCAAGCUGGAACUAAACAUAUAGAGCAAGAUAGUGGGAAAAUAAGACCAUAGAUCAGGGACAGGUAAGUAUGGUUAUCAUCAGUGUCACCUGCACUACACAUCUGUACCAACAGGUUAGUGCAGGUGAUACUGAUGACAAUUUUCCUCUAAUAAAAAAUAAAUGAAGGAAAUUAUAUCUGAUAUUUAUAAACACAGAAAUUACUUGGGGAUGUUUACUUGCUGUUUUAUGGUUAUCCAGGGCCUUAAGGAGCCCAUAUACAUUAUACUAAAGCACAGGAUAUCUCAAAAUAAGGCGAAACAAAACAGCUGCAAAUUAUUAAUACAGCCAUAUAGCAUCAAAAAAUUGGCUAUAAUUAGCAGUCACAGUGCUCCUCCGCCUGUCUGAUUGACAGUCAAGGAGCAGUGCUGUGCUGGUCACGUGUCCUGGCUGCAGUCUGAGAUUUCCGACUCAUGCCAGGCCUGCAUGAGUCCAAAAUCUAUGCAGCCGGGAAAUGUAGGGAGACACCUAGUGGUGACUUUUUCAAACGGUUAAUACAGUUAUAAAUAAACUUUUUUUUCCCCAUUACAUUCAAUUAGGAAGUUGUUUGCCAUACAUUAAUACACCAUAUAUUAAAAGUUUUUUUGAUGACAGGUACUCUUUAAUACUAGAAUAUUGUGUCCUGGCUGAGGAUUGCAGGUCUCAAUGGAGUUUGGCAGACAAAGGGUGAUCUGGAUUGGAUGUGUGUAUAACUAUCUCUGGUGGUCUUGGGCAAGAGAAAGGGUUAAACAAAAAUCUGUAGUGGCCAAGGACACUUGAUGGGUUAAUAUCGGCAUCUGUGGUAGUAUUGGCCAGAGAGUGGGUUAAUAUUUGCAGCUCUGGUGUUGUAUGGAAAUUAUUAAAGUUAUUGACAUUAUCUCAAUAGGUCUGGUGCACAAAAGGGUCUAUUCAUUCAAGUAACUCUGGAGGUGUAGGGCAGCAAAGCAGGGUUAUUACCUGUAUCCUUGGUGGUAGACACAAGGUUAAAGGGGUUCUCUGGGGGAAAAAUUAUUUAUGUUAUAUGCCUCACUGUGCCCUCAAAGUAAAAAAAAAAAAAAAAAAAAAAACAGCACUCUUACCAUCCUGCUCCACCACUGUGGUUGUGGUUCUCUUCUUUCUCCUUCCAAUUGGGGUGUUUUUAUGCUGGCAGGAACUGUUCUCUUAGCACAGUGAUUGGUUGAGUGUACAAGAAACGUCAUUGAAAGGAGGAAGAAGAUGACCACAGCAGGGACCAGAAGACUUGACAACAGCAGUCAGUAAGACAUGAGAGGAGCAGUAUGAUGUGCCAUCGAUGGCCAUGGGUCUCAUAUUAUGCUGCUUCAUAGAGCCCCCUACUGUCUGUGCCAGCCCCUGGGAUCGUGUAUGGAACAUUAAGGUGGGAAAUUUAUUACAAUCUGUGCCAAGCCAAGGUGUAAAUGGAGGUGAAAUAGUAGUUAAAAUCUAUAGCUCCAAGCUGGCUUAGAUUUCUAAAGCUGCUGCACAGGCGGCCUCACAUGUGCUUGGAUUUAUCAAGAUGUCAGUAAGUUAGUGGUUGUAGUAUUUUCCCAGGUGGAACGUGCACUGUUUUACAUUUACCCAGUCAUUUGGGAUUCUAAUGUUAUAAGGGUUAUUCAGGAAGAAAACAUUUUUUUAUUUUAUUUUAUUUAUUUAUUUAUUUAUUU